GUUCCCAUCGUAUGACCACAGCAUAUAGCAUAUGAACGAAACGAACAUUAAUGUUUUAUUAUAUACUGUGCAAUCUAACUGCAUAUAAAGAAAGGAACCAGCCAGCUAUCACUGCCGAAGAGGACACGCCCAGCUCUGUGCAGUCUAUUUCUGCAUUGGAUGGAUUUUUUUUUUGUACUGUGUUAUUAUUGCCUAUGGCCCAUUACCGAAGCAAGGACGAUCGGAAAAAAAGGUGAUCAGAGAUCUACUACAGCAAGCGACAAACAUACCUGGAUCCGAGAUCGAGCCAUACAAAACGGCAGAAUUUAAACCAGGGAUCAGAGGAACAUUCGUUGCUUUUCUAGACAUGUCGGCAAGAGUGGCACAUGCACAGGACACGCACCACCCUGCAGAGAAGCCGGUGAUCGACUGUCAUAAAUGUGGGGAGCCAUGCAAAGGGGAGGUGCUGCGAGUCCAAUCAAGGCACUUCCAUAUCAAAUGCUUCACCUGCAAAGUCUGUGGCUGUGAUCUUGCCCAGGGUGGGUUCUUUAUGAAGAACGGAGACUAUCUUUGCACUCUGGACUACCAGCGCUUGCAUGGGACGCGCUGUAACGGCUGUGGGGAUUUCGUAGAGGGAGAGGUAGUCACUGCUCUGGGAAAGACCUACCAUCCAACCUGCUUCGUUUGCACCAUCUGCAAACGCCCAUUUCCAGCAGGAGACCGAGUCACCUUUAAUGGGAAAGACUGUCUUUGUCAGCUCUGCGUACAGCCGAUGUCUCCCAGUCCCAAAGAUAUCAGCAGCUCCAGCAAUUGUGCUGGCUGCGGUAGAGAUAUCAAGGAUGGCCAGGCUCUGCUGGCUCUCGAACGGCAGUGGCAUCUGGGCUGCUUCAAAUGCAAGGCAUGCGGGAAGGUCCUGACUGGAGAGUAUAUCAGCAAGGAUGAAGCUCCCUACUGUGAAAAGGAUUUUCAGAUUCACUUUGGAGUGAAGUGUGAGGCCUGUCAUCAGUUCAUCACUGGGAAAGUCCUCGAGGCAGGGGACAAACACUAUCACCCCAGCUGUGCACGAUGCAGCAGGUGCAAUCAAAUGUUUACAGAAGGAGAAGAAAUGUACCUGCAAGGUUCAACUGUUUGGCAUCCAGAUUGUAAGAAUUCAAGCCGAGCUGAAGAAAAGCACAGGCUGUUACCACCUUCAAUAAUGAGCGUCAAUAAAACAGAAAGGCAGCCCACAAGAUCAUCCUGCGAAAGUAUUGCUUCCAGACCUGGUUCAAGUAUACCUGGCUCACCGGGCCACACCAUCUAUGCAAAAGUAGACAAUGAGAUCCUUGAUUACAAGGACUUAGCUGCAAUCCCCAAAGUCAAGGCAAUUUAUGACAUUGAGCGCCCAGAUUUGAUUACCUAUGAACCCUUUUACUCCAUCACCGAGGAGAGCCAGGAAAGGCAGAGUUUGGGAGAGCCUCAGCCCCCUAAACGUGACAGAUCACCCAUGCCGGAAGAACGACCCCAGAGUCCUAGUAGCGACAGCUCACCUAGGUGCAGUGAAACAUCUCCAAGGACGCUGUCCCCUUCACCAUCUGCUGAAGGUUACCAUGAUAUGCGUGAGAGAAUGAUCCACAGAUCCACGAGUCAAGGAUCAAUCAGCUCUCCGGUCUACAGCCGUCAUAACUACACACCCACCUUGCCCCGCUCCCCCCAGCACUUUCACAGACCUGAGCUGCUCUCUUCUCCUGCAGUGCAGCGUCUGCCCUACCUGCACACUAGCAGUUUCAGCUCCAGCCACAAUGACUCCCGCCCCACCUCCCCAUUCCGAAACCACUUCAUCCCCCAUAAUAAAGCUUCUUUCUUCAUCGGCAAUGAGCCGUCCAGCGGUCGGAAUUCCCCUCUCCCCUUACGGCCUGACAGCCGUCCUCUCACUCCGACUUACGCACUGAACCUUAAACAUUUCCAUCUUCCAGACCAAGGCAUCAACAUCUACAGAAAACCACCAAUCUACAAGCAACAUGAUACACCUGCCCAGAUCAAGUCUGCAGAGGAUAUCAUCAAGUCUGCCAAGUUCCCAGCAGCCUUCGCUCCCUCCCCUGAGGACACAGCAAAGAUUGAGACAGACCACUGGCCUUGCCCACCCUCACUCGCUGCCAUAGGACAUGACACGCGGCGCCGCUCGAGAGAAGAGGAGGAGGAAGAAAUGCAGAAGCGCAGGCAGAUUCAAGAGGAACAUCUCAACAAGAUGCAGUCUGGUUUAGGGAAAUUGAUUUUAAAAGAAGAGAUGGAGAAGGAGAUGACUCAAGAACGAUACUCCAGAAGCAUCUCUGCUCAGCGCUAUACCUCUCCGCAAAUGGACUCGUAUAAGUCAGACCGAAAUGCCUCCAUGACCUCCUCUCUCCCUGGCUAUGGACGGAACGGCCUACACAGGCCACAGUCUACAGAUUUUUCUCAGUACAACAGCUACGGUGAUGUGUGUGGAGGUGUCAAAGAGUUCCAGCCCACUCAAGAUGGACACGUACCUGUCUCAAGAAUGGACAGGGGAGUCUCUAUGCCUAAUAUGGUGGAACCAAAAGCAUAUCCAUAUGAAAUGCUCAUGGUGACCAACAGAGGGCGUGUUAAACUGCCAAGAGAUGUGGACAGAACAAGACUAGAGCGUCACUUGGCUGCAGAUGUUUUCUUUGAUAUCUUCAGGAUGGAAAUCCAGGAAUUUGAUAGGUUACCUCUCUGGAAACGCAAUGCCAUGAAGAAAAAGGCAAAACUCUUCUGAAAGCAAACAGUGCAUGUCCUAUUUAUAAACACAAUGAAUACUAGAAUUCUAGAAUACUGUAAUAUACAUGUAGAGGGUUUUUUGUGAACAACUUCAAGGAAACAAAACAAAAACAAGACAAACCCAUGCGUUGAAGGAGAAGGACUCCCUGCUUUCAGAGAGUAAUCUGUAGGUUAUGAGGGGGUAAAGAAGAUCAUUUAGUCCAAAAAAUACUAACACAUGAAUUUUAUCAGUGUGUGUGUGUGUGUGUGUGUGUGUGUGUGUGUGUGUGUGUGUGCAUGUGCGUGUGUGCGUGUGUGUGUUUUGCAAUGGGUUUGAAUGGAAAUUGCUUCCUUUUUAUUCUCAUUAAAUUUGGCUGACCUAAUAAUAAAAGUAUACUUUAUUGGUACUGCCACAAUUCAAACACUCUAUGGCUUUGACAUAACAGUUCAGGAAGUUUCAAAAGCAGAAUAUACAGAGAUCUGUUAACCAUCAAUACAGGAACAGAGAAAACAGUUCCCAGUGUGAUGCAGAAAAUGAAACUAGCUUUGUUAUAAGCGCCCACCUGCUUUUUUUUUUUGUUCUGUGGCUGCUCAAUUUAACCAGUGAGCACGAUCGAAAUACCUAGUCUGACCGCAAGGGGUCAGCAUUGUUCAGCAACUUGUUAGGUGCCGAUGCAAAAGCUGUGCAAGAGGCUUGUUUCACACUGGGCAGCGUAUUUUAAAUUAUUUUAAUUAAUGUGGUACUUGCAGUCUCUGCCUGAUCCCAAUAAAACAAACAUGCCAAAUGUCACUUGCAAAGACUAAACAUUCAGGAACGUAUGUAGCCCUGCAUCCCGUUCUCUUGUAUGUAGCCCUCCUGUAUGUAGUCCUGAUUUAGGUUUCCAAUAUAUCUGGACCUGCAAUGGAUAGUAGAAAAAAACAACCAAAAUACCAAAAUCCAUUUAAAUGGGUGCAGGGACUGGGGGGUUACAAAUGUGUAACAUACAUUUUAGUUAGCUU